CGGAUUCGUGCGUGGCCAUAAACGCAUAUGAGUUAAAAGAAGUUGAAGUUCGGCGUCGGUGACAGUCGGUAAAUGUUGUGACAAUUUUAGGAGAGCAUAAAUUGCUCCAACGGUCGACGGUCGAGUGGCGGAGUAAAAAACCCCGAGCUGUCAAACCCGAUGACGACUGCAAACUGCCCCGGGAAUGAGGAGCUGGACUUCAGACUGAUCUUCGGAGAGGACGGGCAGCAGCAGCCGUUAGGCCCUGCAGAUCUGGAGCCUGAUGAGAACACGUCGUUCUACAUCCUAAACGUGGUCCAGCCCCAGUCUAUGGUCACCAACCACCAGUCUAUUGGCCUGCCUCGUCAUGGCAUGCAGUCCCACUCCCAGAUCAUCAGCAAUUCCCAACACCUUCACUCACACAAACCAGGGCCAGAGCCUCCGAGCUAUGAGGCACAAGACUCCAAGUAUGGCACCUCUCCUCUGCUGCCCUCUGCUCCCGUGGAGGCACCAAAGGCCUUUGCGUGCCCCAGUAUCCAGAUCACCUCCAUCUCCCCCAGCUGCCAGCAGGAGAUGGAUGCCAAUGAGCAGGAUAUGCGGGCCAAUGGCCCUGAUGGGGACUAUCAUGUCGAUAGGCCCCUGUCCAGAGACCACCUGUAUUUGCCCCUGGACCACUCAUACCGGGACUCUUCGCUCAGCCCUAGUCCAUGUAGCAGCCUCUCCUCUCGGAGCUGGUUUUCUGAUGCCUCCUCCUGUGAAUCAUUCUCACACGUCUAUGACGAUGUUGACUCAGAGCUAAAUGAAGCAGCUGCCCGGUUCACCCUGGGCUCCCCUCUUACUUCCCCAGGCUGUGUCUCCCCUCAAACCUGUGGUGGGGUUUUGGAGGAGCAGCCCCACUGGCAGCACCAUCACCCCGCCUUCGUGCACCACUCCCACUCCAUCAGCCUGUCACCACGAACGUCCCCGUGUCACUCGCCACGCACCAGUGUCACUGAUGAGAAUUGGCUUAGCCCGCGGCCAACUUCCAGGCCUUCCUCACGUCCCACCUCACCCUGUGGGAAGAGGCGCCACUCUAGCGCCGACAUCUGCUACCCCGGUUCAUUGUCUCCCCAUCACUCACCCACACCCACGCCAGGACCUUCACCUAGGGGCAGCGUGACAGAGGACACCUGGAUUGGCAGUCCUUCUGUAGGCAUGUCACCCUUCCAGUGCUGCCCAUCUGAGGCAGACAUCCCAUCCAAGACAAGGAAGACCUCACAGGACAGAAUGGCUAUGCAGACUGGGAAAGGGGAGUUAGGGCUAGAUGACCAAGGAAAUAUGUCUCCCAAUCUAGACUCUCCUUCUGACGAGGGUCUGCAUAGCCUGAAGAAGGAUGGCCCCGGGGAACAAUUCCUUUCAGUGCCCUCUCACUUCUCAUGGAAUAAACCAAAACCCGGUCAUACGCCUAUAUUCAGGACCUCCUCACUUCCUCCCCUAGAUUGGCCGCUGCCAAGCCAGUUUGGCCAGUAUGACUUGAAGAUAGAGGUGCAACCCAAAGCCCACCACCGAGCGCACUAUGAGACUGAGGGCAGCCGAGGAGCCAUCAAAGCAGCUUCCGGUGGCCACCCAAUCGUCAAGCUCAUUGGCUACAGUGAGAAGCCCAUCAACCUGCAGAUGUUCAUCGGAACAGCAGACGACCGUUACUUGAGGCCGCACGCCUUCUACCAGGUGCACCGGAUCACCGGGAAAACCGUUGCCACGGCCAGCCAGGAAAUUGUACUCUCCAGCACCAAAGUUCUCGAAAUUCCUCUCCUGCCUGAAAACAACAUGACAGCCGGUAUCGACUGCGCUGGCAUCCUCAAGCUGCGGAACUCAGACAUUGAGCUGCGGAAGGGGGAGACGGAUAUAGGAAGAAAGAACACACGGGUCCGUGUGGUGUUCAGAGUGCACAUCCCUCAACCCAACGGGAAGGUGCUGUCGCUGCAGGCUGCCUCUAUUCCUGUGGAGUGCUCCCAGCGUUCGGCUCAAGAGCUGCCCCAGGUGGAGAAAUCCAGCCUCACCAGCUGUCUGGUCAGUGGGGGAGAAGAGAUGGUCAUCACCGGCUCCAACUUCUUCCCGGAGUCCAAGGUCAUCUUCCUGGAGAAAGGCCCUGAUGGACGACCACAAUGGGAAGUUGAGGCAAAAAUAAUGCGCGAGAAAACUCAAGGAUCUUGCAUCAUGGUGGAGGUCCCUCCCUACCACAGUAAGUCUGUGGGCUCAGCUGUGCAGGUGCAGUUUUAUGUCUGCAAUGGCAAGCGGAAAAGGAGCCAAUCGCAACGCUUCACUUACCUGUCAGUCCUGGUGAAACAGGAGCACAGAGAAGAGCUGGACCUUUCUGCAGUACCCCCUAUGUCCAUGCCCCUGGCACAUGCUGCCAGUCUGGUGCGUACGCAGCUGCCUUCUCCUGAGCAGUGCCACCCAUCGGACAACCUUCUGUCCAGCUCCCCUCACGGCCUGGCCACCGGCUCCGGACCUGGCUUGUUACCCCUGCAGUCCCCCUGCCCCUCCCUGGGCUCCCCGUCUUUCCAGCACCUGCCUCACCUCCAGGGUCGCAGCUUGCACCACCCCCCUGCAGACUGCCACAUGACGUUCCACCCGAGCUCUGUCCCUACUCCUCAUCCUGUUCCUCCCCGGCCCUCCUACCAGCCUAUGCAGCACAGCCACAGCCACAGUCAUAGUCAUAGCCUGCCCUUCAACGGCCAGUCCAGCCUUCCUCUUCAGGGCUACGAGAGGAUGCCCUUUCAGCACAGCCCCAGUGCAGCGUCACACCCAAUGAGCAUGGGAAUGGUGUACCCUUCCUCCCCAUGCUCCUCACCAUCAGCUCCCUCCUCUUCAAUCACCAACCCCAUUCCUGGGUCUCCCCAGAGCCAGCAACCCAUGCUCAGCCCCUCAUCCCCACACCUGCACACACUAGGUAGCUAUCACUGCUCCCCAAAUCCCACCCAGGUACCCUCUCCCGGAGGCCACCCCCUCGUGGGACAGCACUCCUCCCAACUGCAGAGGGCUAUGGGCUACCACCCGGUAGGUCAAAGGUCAGCCUCCUGUCCCACAUCGUCUAGCGCCCCUGCUCCAAGGAUGAUCCCCUCUCCCCAUUCUGGGCCUUCCUCCCCUCAGGUCCACUCGCUGCCCUACCACUCUCCCACCUCAUCCUCCCCCACCUCUAGUGGCAGUCCUCUAGGGCCAAUGCAACAGCAGCAUUCAGGACAGCACUCUCCCCAGGCUACAAGUCCGGUCAUGGCCAGUCUGUCCCCGGUGGCAGCAGGGCCUCUGGUUCACCCGCUAAGCCCGCAGGGUGCCUUCCCCUCUGAUGGAGAGAGGCUGGACAUCAAACAGGAGCCGCAGGAGAGGGAGCCCACCUUCCGUUCCAUCGGCCUACAGGACAUCACGCUGGACGAUGUGAAUGAAAUCAUCGGCAGAGACAUGUCCCAGUCCCCCAGCACUCACGGUCCUCCAUCAGCACACAACCAGUCAUAGCCCGGCCCGCGCCCAGACCCUGACGCAGCCGUUUGGCUCAUGAAACGCCCCCCCCCCCCCCCUCCCCCUCCAGCUCUUGAUCCCGCGACCCCACAGCUCCGACAUGGCCCCAGGUCCAGGGUGCUGGUGUGGUGUGCGAUGGGACAUGAGGGCAGGAAGAGAUGAGACAGACUGUGGACAAAGACAGAAUGCGGUUGGAGAUUCUGUUAAAGCCUCACGGACAUGAAGACACUCGUUCGUCUCCUCUGAUUAUAAAUCUGCUUCUCUUAUUUAGAGAUACAGAAACAGAACUCACAACUUGACACAGACGAAAGAGAAAGGCGAGCAGGAGAAGAUGACCACGGGGAGUUACAGCGAGGUCGAAAAGGUCGGACAAUAAGAUGUGACCCCGUGUCCGCCGCCGUCUUCCUGAACAGUCAGCUCUCCGCGAGUACGGAGCACUCUCUCGUAGUGGAGACGAUACAACAGUGCGUGUUGUGGUUCCCGCUCUCACCAGCAUCACCCUUCGUUAACGAAGACGUCUUGAGACAUGUGUGAAUAAGAGAAACUCGGGAGUGCGCGGUGUUCUCACAGGAAGCCAGAGCUGGGAUCUCAAAGCUGUUUCAGUACGCUAAAGCCAAAGAGGCAAAAACAAGAUCAACCUCAGGAUACUAAAAACAUUCUAGAUUUGUCUGAGCGAGCUUCAGCAAAACUACUCGCACUCUGAAGUUGGAGAACAUUUACAAUCAGCUGUUAAAGUGCUGUUCCAAAUUCAAAUCAAACCCCCUGAGUCAUCAGAAAUUAAAACAUCAUUAAAAAUGUGAAUAUUUUCGCUAAAACUUUCUGGUCCAAUCCCAGUGUUUGGCUCUCGGCUCAGUGAUGACAUCGCUGUCCACUCUUUGUUUCUCUCACUUUGUAGCUGAUGAAAGCAUUCAGGUCUGGAGUGCAGGGCCCGGCAGGGAGGAUCUGCAACCUGCAACAUUCCACAACUUUUAGUAAACUUGCAGCCGUGUAGAUAUCUGUACAUGAAUCCCCUCUUUUCUCUCUCUUCCUCCUUCGCUCAGCAUUUACGUCGUCCCUCCUGUGUUUCUUUAUCUUCUUCAAGUUGAACAAAUGCCUUAUUAACACUUAGCAGCUUUGAAUGGUACUAGCUAAUGCUUUGUUUUGUUGUUUUUGCACAGCUGGCUUUGAGUGUGACUAUUACUAUUGUUUCGGAAAACAUGAUUUUAUGAAUCCUGAUGAGCCCUCUAAUUUUCAUUCAAAGAUAUUUGACGAUGCCCAUUAUUUCCAGGUUAGAGAGAAGUGUUUUUAAUAAUCCACAGACGGACGUCUCUGUCUCUUAAACUUAUUUGUAAUGCAAUAACUCCCCCGGGGCCUUUGUGUGCCUUUCUAACAGCCACCUGUGAUGUAAUGACAUAUGAUGGGAAAUGAUCUGACAAAAGGUUUUGAAAGUAUUUUAUACAUAAAGAUGUUUAUAUAUUGCAUUUAUGUAUUGCCCCCCCCCCCCCCCCCCUCCCAAAGUCUAGAGAACAACAUGAUGCACUUCCCCUGUUUGCAACAAUCAAUGUUUGCUGUUCACAAUCAAACUCAUCGUCUCCAGAAGGGAUGAUGUAUUCAUAUUUCUUAUUCUGACAGAUAUGCGGUGCCUGUACGGCAGCAAUAACACCGUGUCGAGGAAAGCGUGGCGUCGGGCAGGUUUCAGGCGCGGAUGCGAACAGACGUUGGCUUUUCUUUUUUUUGCCUUAAGCUUGACAACGACGCUCCUGCACGUGAGAGCUGAGGAGUGUUGCUUAUGACGUUUUGAAGUCAGUUUCCAGGUGAAAAUGAUUUUGCUAUGCAUUACAAUUCUGCCUAAUGCCUUUUAAUUAGGAGGAAAAAGUAAAAAGUAAAAUAAAAAAAAGACCUUGAUGCCUAUAGAAGUAGAGUAGACUUGUUGUAGAUGCUUGAUUCAUUCUGUUAGCAUCCUGGAGUUGUCCAUCAGCCAAUCUGCCUUGUUAAGGACGCAGUGCGAGCAUCUUAUUAGGUUCAGGUGUGUAUGUGUGUGUGUGUGUGUGUGUGUGUGUGUGUGUGUGUGUGUGGAUGAAUAGUAUUUCUACCAAAUAUGCUGUACAGAUGACAGAAUUUUUAAGAGUCCGAUUUUCAACAAGAAGCACACACACGUAUUAAGGCUAUGCAAACUAUAACUGCAGCACAUGUGAGCGAUGACAUGGAAAAUAAAAACGGAGAUUAUAAACUAUGAUGCUGCUUCAGAACUUCACAGAGCGGAAAGGAAAAACAUUAAGAUAGUGAGAGUGUCAUGUCACUAUGUAAACUAUUAGGAUGCCUUAACUCUUGUUUUAAUUGUGUCCGUGUGUCUGUAUGCUGUUCUGGGUUGAUUUUAUUUUUCUCCAUGACUAAGACAUACGUCGGUAACUAUAAUUAUUUUUCCUUUGUUUUGUGUUUGGGGGGCACACAGGGUGGACAUCGAGGGUUUGGUGGGAGGAGGGAGACAGCUUUUUGCAUUUAAAGCUGGUUCUGCAGCUUGAAAGACCUGACUCAACAAAAAACAAAUACAAAACCAGCAUUGACAGUAAACUCUGGCUGCCGUCCUCGUCUGUCUCAACCAAAGACCGAACAAUAUGUUCCCAUUUUACAGACAGAGACUGUACAACUCUAUUUUUGAUACUUUGAAAUGGAUGUCAUUCCUGAAAGAUUGGGGACAUGAGUGUUGAAUAU